AUGGAAGACACAGCCCGUGCAGGCAGCUACUCUCCGUUUGGGACAUGGGAACCUUCCCCUCGUCACUCGACUGGCAGCAAAGCGUUGCUAUCUGAGGCAUCAAGCGACGGAUCCGUGACCAAGAAACCCCUUCAUCGUCGUGUUUGGUUCAUCAUCUUAUUUGCUCUUACGGUCAUUGUCGUUCUGUUUCUGGCCAUCUUUCUUCCAAUAUACUUCACCACUAUAAAGCACUCUGAUGAUAGUAGUCCAUCCUCUCGAGGAACGGCCCGGACUGGAGGGAAUGGCUCCGAGAUAACGGCGGAAGAUGGGACGAAAUUCGUAUACUUGAAUCCAUUUGGAGGACACUGGGUGGAUGAUCCUGACGAUCCGUUCAACAACGACGCGAGGCCAAACUCCUGGACUCCGCCGCUAAACUCUUCGUGGAAGUGGGGAGAGGACCGCAUCUACGGCGUCAACCUCGGUGGUCUCUUCGUUUUGGAGCCCUUCAUCUCUCCAGAGAUAUUUCAGAGGUACCCAGGGACGAAGGACGAGUAUGAGCUUUCAGAGGCCAUGGCUGCAGACGAGGCCAACGGUGGCUUAUCCCAACUCGAAGAGCACUACGCCACCUUCAUUACAGAACAAGACAUUGCCGAGAUCGCAGGCGCUGGUCUAAAUUGGAUCAGGGUCCCCAUUGGAUUUUGGGCGGUUGAGACAUGGGAAGGGGAACCAUUUUUAGAGAGGACGUCGUGGAAAUAUUUCCUUCGGAUAAUCAAGUGGGCUAGAAAAUACGGCCUGAGAGUGGCCCUGGACCUACACGCAGUCCCUGGAUCGCAAAACGGCUACAAUCACUCGGGAAGAUUAUCUCAAAUUAACUUUCUGGCCGGGAACAUGGGCAUCGCCAAUGCUCAGAGGACGCUCUAUACCCUCCGCGUGUUUACUGAAUUCAUCUCCCAACCCGAGUAUAGAGACGUGAUUCAAGUGAUUGAGCUCGUAAAUGAGCCUUUGGCUGGGGAGAUAGGUGCAGAGGCCCUGUCGAGCUUCUACCUGGAAGCGUACAACAUGAUUAGGAAGAUCACAGGAACGGGAAACGGAAAUGGACCGUACAUUGCUAUAUCCGACGGUCUUCAACCACUCUCAUUGUGGGAUGGUCUACUUCCUGGGGGCGACCGGGUUAUCAUGGACGGCCACCCAUAUUUCGCCUUCGGUGGCAUAAACACUGCGCCCAUAACAGAACCUGCCGAAGAUGGGAAGGCUGGAGGGACGUGGCCGAAAGCUGCGUGUGAUAACUGGGGACCCGCCUUCAACCACAGUCGAAGGGCGAUUGGCCCCACUGUCGGAGGAGAAUUCUCAGCUGCACCUAAUGAUUGCGGCUUAUUCUUACGGGGUGUUGGUAUCGAAUCACCGCACCCUCAAUGUCAGGAGUACGAUGACUGGGAGAAUUACAAUGCCACCAUGAAAGAAGGAUUGGAAAGCUUCAUCACGGCCAGCUUUGACGCGUUGGGAGAUUUCUUCUUCUGGACAUGGAAGAUCGGUCCAUCGAUCGACGGUCGAGUAGGGACCCCCCUCUGGUCCUACAAGCUAGGACUCGAAAAUGGUUGGAUACCCAGAGAUCCUAGAACCUCGAUCGGGAAAUGUCUAGCUCUUGGGGGAAAUCAAGAGCCUUUCGACGGAGCCUACCCACCGUAUCGCACGGGGGCUGAUCCCUCACCCACCAUUCCUGCCUCAUACUCCUCACAAUACCCCUGGCCACCUGCAGCCAUCACGGGAGCCGCUGUUCCUGUAGAACUCCUCCCGACUUACACCAAUACAGCAUCGAUCGUUACCCUGCCAGUAGAGUUACCGACAGGGACCCCCACUCCUCUUCCCAGUGGGCUGGACGGCUGGUUCAAUGACGACGAUGUGGAAGGAGGCCCAGCUGAGAUUAGUGGAUGCCAGUACCCCGACCGCUAUACGGCAGAGUUCUCUACCAUUCCCACUGCACCUUGUACAGGUCCCACUCCCGCCUAAAACCCUCUCUCGCACACGAUGUUGGGGU